ACAGAAUUGUACCUUCUUAAGAAAUGGCUGAGUCUGAGCCUCAAAAAGUUUUAAUAAAAUCGAAACUGAGCCGAAAACUCGGUGUACAACAUCAAGCAUCAGAUGGAUUUGUCUUAUUUGACGUUGGGCCGCAAUACAAAAUAUUAGAAACCAUUGGAACAGGGGCAUAUGGCAUUGUAUGUUCUGCUAUUGACAACAAAACAGGAAAACAUGUUGCUAUUAAGAAAGUUGUCCAAGCAUUCGAAGUUGUCACUACAGCUAAAAGAACGCUCAGAGAGUUGAAACUUCUUCUUCAUUUCAAGCAUGAUAAUAUUGUUGGUAUCAAGAGUAUCAUUCAAAGCAAGAAAGAAGACUUUAAACAUGUUUAUUUUGUCAUGGACCUCAUGGAGUCGGAUCUGCAUCAUAUUAUAAGAUCUGACCAGCCUCUCACCACUGAACACAUUUGUUACUUCAUGUACCAACUACUAAGAGGUCUCAAAUAUAUUCAUUCAGCUAAUGUAAUCCACAGGGAUUUAAAGCCAAGUAACCUUCUUGUGAAUGAAAACUGUGAACUGAGGAUCGGGGACUUUGGUAUGGCACGUGCUGUCUCUCAGGAACCAGAAGAUCAUAAAUCUUUUAUGACAGAAUAUGUUGCUACCAGAUGGUACAGAGCACCUGAACUGAUGUUAUCAUUUGGUCGAUACAGCCAAGCCAUUGAUAUGUGGUCUGUUGGUUGUAUAUUCGCUGAAAUGAUUGGAAGAAGACAGAUAUUCCCAGGUAAACAUUACGUUCACCAACUCCAACUUAUUAUCUCCGUGCUCGGUUCACCACCUAGUGGCCUCGUUUCAACAAUUCGAUCGGAUCGUGUUCGUAACUAUGUAACUGGACUUCCCAGCAAAUCAGCCACCCCAUUUAAACAGCUAUACACCAAAGCCACACAACCAAUGGUUGACCUUUUGACCUCACUGCUUAGAUUCAAUCCAGAGGAGCGACCAACUUCUGUUCAAGCCCUUACACAUCCCUUUCUAUCCGGCUACCAUGAUAAAGAUGACGAACCAACCUGUCAUGCCCCGUUUGAUUUCCAAUUUGAAGCAACGGCCACCAGGGAGGGAGUGCAUGAAGAAGUAACAGCCGUGAUCAAAAAGUAUCACGAGAAAAAGAAUCGUUUUGCAAAACAACUGACACCCAUUCGGAGGUCCGAGAAGACAGAUCCUCCUAAAAAUGAUCUUCUGAUCUUCAAGAAGCCAGCUGCUCCCGUCUCCUUCCCCAAGGAGUCUGCCCCGGAGGUUCCCAUGGUAAGCGCGGAUGCCGCAUCCUCUAUGGAUCUGGAUGCGAGGGAAGCGGAGGCAGAGAAGAGGCCGAUGAUCACAGUCCAGGUCCUCCAGGAUGAGCCAGUUAAGGACACAAAGGGAGCAGCGAAGAAGAAGACUAUCUCGGAAGACACAAAGCUUAAAAUAAGGGACAUCAUAUUUGCGUCAAUGUUUGCAAAGCAAAAAGGUCUUGGGAAACCUUUGGAUAAAGUGAAAAAAUCUGUCACUGCCGCUGACCGUCAGAAAGAGAGAGAAAGCAAGAGAAAGAAGAGACUAGACCGAGCUGCGGAGAAGGAGCGAAAGAGAAGGGAAGAAACAAAGAAUUUGCUCUCAGAGGCUGACCGUAGUUUAUUGGACCGCUGGACAAAGAUGCAAAAAUCAACAACAACUGAAAAUCCAGCUAAACAAACUGAAACAGAAGAACCGAAAGUUACGUUGAUACGACACCAAAGCCUUCCACCAUCCAGUAUUCGGCAAGCGAGGCAACGACAACUUAUAGAAGCGACCAAUGUACGACCGAAUAGCGUUCACAUAGACGAUGCAACUUGGUUGGUGCCUUCCUUGGAUGCCAGACUUGCUCCUGAGACCCCAAUGCUACAACCUAGCACUGACCACCCCACCGUAGCCCCAAACACCAGUAUGGUCCCAAACACAUCCUGGGGGACCAACUGUACGGAGAACACACAGCAAAAGCAAGUGGAAGUAAAAAGACCGUCCUCCCUUUCAGUACAGCCUUCAAACCAGGACUUAACCAAUCAAACCCUUACAAGGUCCGAUACAGAAGGUCUUACAGCCAUCAGUCCUGGAACUGUGGAUAGGGUGCUGACUCAGCAGUUUCACGUAAACCAUGACUUGCAUAAUCCACCGCAAGAAUUGGAAGGUGCAAAGCAAAAAGAAGCCGCAAGGACACCAGAACUCGCCGGCAGGCUUAAUGUUUCCAAUCAUGGAGAGUUUCCAUCUCUCGGUGCGAUCGGCUACGGGCUUGGGGUUGACAUAAGUGACAUCAUACCUCAAUCUGCUGGUGACGUGGCGCCUGGUACGAGCCAGGAGUUGAUGACGUCAGCAGCGUCAGAGCAAUGCUCGUCCUCUCUGCUCGCUGAAUGGUCCGACUUACAUCGUAUGCACCCACAGGACAUGGAAGCCUUACAAAGGGAGUUAGAGCUCGGUUCACCCAUGAUAGUGCAAUACGAAACCUGAUGCAUUUGUUAGUUUCUUGAUUAUAUUUGUGUUUUGGUAAUGUUUUGUAGGGUGGGGUAAGAUGGAACGUUUUUUAUUCUUUUUCUUGUCCCAUUUGGUAGUACACAAAUAAUAUUUUACAGAAUUGUUCAAAAGCGUAUCUUCACGACUUUAACAGCUGCAGUUACACGAAUUGGCGUGAAAACGGCUGUUUAUCCAUUUAUUCAAUCCAAUGUAAAAUACUUGCCGAUUGGUAUAAGCUGCUUUCACAACGAAACUAUUCCCCCAUUGUAAAACUCGGUGCUUAUAAAUCGUUGACGAAUGUAAUAUAAAAACCAGUAUCAACUGGUUCAUUCCAGUAACAAGCAGUUACGUAAUGUUGUUUACGAACUCCUGCAAACAACAGUAGAUAGUCGAAGAUUACUCCGCAUCCGUAAUCACCGUGUACCGAUAUCUAAGCUAAAUCCUAGUCCACACAUGCACUGUAUUUAUUAUGUCGAAUCGAAAUACUCUGACGAACAAUACAAAAUUAUAGUCCACCGCAUUUCGUUGUGGAGCAAAUAUCGUAAAA